CACAACGAAGCAGAGCACGAAAGGAAAGGAAAAUUCUCGCGACGUCUGCCAUUCAGAAAAGAACUCGGAAAAAGGUAAAUUUUUUCACGCGUAAAAUUCACUUUGUUACACGUUCGGAAAGUUGUCUCAAAGUGGUGCAAAGUGUGCCCGAAAUCCGGUACCACCGGUGGCAAACGGAUUUGGACGGCGGAACUGGAUUACUGUGCCUCGGUUCGCGAAUUUCGUUUCGUCGUCGAGGAAAAGUGGCCGCCUGUGCACGAGAAAAAUGUGAAGAGGAUACGGAGUUAGUGCAAAUUUUCUAUUUCACAAACAGGAAGUGACUACCUAUUUCUAGCUUUAGUGACACAUAGUGCGUAGAGCAGCGAGUGUAGUGCCAGCGAAAGAAAAAGAGGGCGUUUUUCUCACCUCGUAGUCGACGCUACGAAGGGAAAGGAAGGUUGGCGAUGGCCAACGGUGCCGAUGACCAGUGGCUGAAAGAGGAUGGCUACCUGAAUGUGGACACCGAAUCGGUACGGAUUGUGUACCAUCCGUUUCUGAAUGUGAUUUUAGUGUUUACCCGGGACGGGGAAGUUAAAGUGCUGGACGUGAAUUCCGGGGUGAUUCUGCAAAGUUAUCGAGUUUCCGAUGAUCUCCCAGCACAAUGUCGCUAUUUGCCGGAUCAGGACAAAAUCCUGUUUUGGAACGGCCGGAACGUAUCGCUGCGAGGCGAUUACAAUGGCGUCCUGCUGCUCGACACCAUCCUGCAAGCCCCCGUGUCGCAGGCCGACGAUACCAUCCGAAUAGAGCUGCUUCUGUCGGAAGCGGUUCUUUUUCUACAGUGCUUGCAAAACCUCGAACAGCAUGGAUUGGAAAAUACGGCCGACGUUACCAACGAGCUGACGUUGAAAAUCGGCGAAGCACAGCAGCAUGCCAAGCGGGGGAUCAAGGCGCAGAAGUGGGAAACCAUAUGUUUGGAGCUGUCCCAUUCGUCGCUCCGAAUGGUGGCUGGCGAAAUGGUGAUGCAACUGAAACGACUCGAUCGCCACAUACCAGCGUUGGCCAUAGCAUCCGCCAUCAAUGAACGGUUGAUUGAUCUGUUGGAGGGUGCUCGUGUCACGGAACCGUCCGCCUUGAAUCGGUUCUACAUGUUCUCGGAGGCCACAAGGCGGCAAACGUUUGAAGGCUGGCCUCACAUGGACUAUAAAUGGGUUCUGCCGGAUCAGAUGGCCCAGGCAGGCUUCUAUCACUAUCCGGGAGACAAUGGAAAUGACGACAGGGCGAUGUGUUUUACGUGCAACGUGUGCUUGGUUUGCUGGGAGAAAACCGACGAACCGUGGAGUGAACACGAACGACAUUCGCCGGAAUGUCCAUUUGUGAAAGGAGAAUUUACCCAAAAUGUUCCGCUCUCGGUUACCUACGCAACGAGUCCGGCGGUUUCCACAGCCGGGUUUUCUAUUAUAUCGUCCGGUGAUCGAGGAACUGUGCUUUGCACAGGAAAUUCUUCAGCAGAUGUGACCGUGUGGAACGUUGAACGCCAGCUGACCAAGGUUUAUGAUUUCAAAGUGAAACUACAUCCGGAUAUCCUUACGACGACUACCAUCAGUUGCAACGCCGUGGUGAACAGCAUUGAACUGACUGCUCUUGCGACGUACUACACCAAACACUCAGGAAUGAGCAAUAAAUCUAAACUAGCGUCCCUUUCACUAAAACCUAAAAUGAUCGGAUCUAAAAUUAUUUGCGGUAUUCGAGUAAACAGCACCGAACCGGAAGUUGAAAAGGAGCAGUCAGAAACCACCUUACUGCUUAUCGUUUACAAUAUGGAAGAAUCAACGUUAAGCGAUGAUAGUGAGAAUAAACAGCUUAAUCAAGUUGCCAAUGCUCCCGUUGUUCCACAAGCGAAAAAAUCCCCCCUCAGCACCAUUGACGAAAAGUACGAAGAUGACUUCAUCAAAUAUCUCUCCGGUAACACCGAGUCCCAAUUGCUGGAAUCGAUCGACAAGUUAAUUCACUUGGGUGCAAAGAAAAGCGAAUCUUCGCUUUGCCAGCAGAUCAAUGCAAAGCUAGAUGACACGUUGCGAAAAUUGAUCGAAGCAUCCGGUUCAGCGUCGGUCGAUUCAGUGGAGAAACUAUCAUCGGAUGAACUGCCACCUUCUUCAAUGAAUCUCGUCGAGGUUUUGAAGGCACCCAGCAGCAUCGCGUUCACGCCAUCAUCUUCCGCUUCGGAUUUCAGUAGUGGUAGCAAUUCAUCAACACAGCUUGUCGCUGUCAAGUCGUCACAGUCGGAUAGUGCUCCUAACAGCACUACGAAUACGAAUGUGCCGUCCGCCCUGCUGUCGUCUACCAUCAUCGACAUUAACUGCAUUCCUCUGCAGUACAUCGAGAUUCCUCAGAUGUACCCGGAGUCGCACGACAAUUAUCGCAUCGCCGAAGUUAUUCCGUCGAGCGACAACAAGUACCUGUUGGUGGUCUUGCGGUUGAAGCAAAAAGCGCUAGACGAAAAACUUUUGGAAAAGGAAGCGACCGAAAAAUGUGACGAUGAAGAAAAAGAAGAGCAAAAGGAAGAUACGGCAGAAGAUAUUGAAGAAGACGAUGAAUGGAAAACUGUUUUGUAUUUGUACUAUCUUAACAAAGAUGGACUGGUAAAAACCGAUAGUCCUUUGGUGAAAUGGUUGACGGAUGACGAAACUCCAGUUGAGAUUGUAAUGUUGCCGAAAUGCGAUAGUAGUGGACGCAGCUUUGGUGGUUCAGACACCGAAAACGGUAUAUUCGUGAUGACGUGUGAAGAUGGAAAAUUGAGGAUAGUUUCGCUGAAAACGUUGGCUGUGGUAUCGGAAGCUAGCGUGAAGGAUGACCGCUUUGUAUCGGCAACGUACUGCAAGAGUUUGGAACGCUUGUGCGGUUGCACAGUCAAAGGUUGUCUCCAUUUCUAUUCUUUCUACGAUUUGGAUGCAGAUUCAAGUGACGAACGAGAUGACGAUGUGACGGUCGUUGUUAACAACGGCAAUAAGGCAACAUCGGGUACAGAACGUUUACAAUAUGUCGACGUAGAUGGCGCUACUUCUAGUGCAGCUGUAAAUCUACUGAAAUAUGAUGCCACUCCCUCAACUUCAUCGUCCCCUCCACAAAUACCGACCUCGCUAGCAGCGGGCGGUGCCGUUGUAGGAGAAAAUCAACCGGUGGAUAUUCUUUUGGCUUACAAGACGGAGCUAUCGUUGCCAACACUGAAGGUGUUACACUCGCUGACACUGUUCAAUGAAAUGUUGACUCCGUACUCUGCCGAAGUGCCAGGCUGUUGGAGCGAGUUGGAGCAAGCGCAGAAGCAGCGCCGUCAUCCACAACAUCUACGGCCGGGUGACGAUACCCAUCUAACCAAGACAUGGAGGUUGCACAACGAUGCCACCACGUGGGAUGAGCACUUAAUCGAACUGAACCUACCAAAGUGUACUUCAUUGGGUCACAUAGAUUUCAAAUUUUCUCUUUAUCAACCCUGUACCAACCCACCGGCCAUUCAAGUCACGCUGCUGAAACAAAAGUCUAUUGGACUUUGUUCGCGACGCAAAACGCAGUCCAUCAAUCGAGUUGAUGAAUCGAUCAAUUUCAAUAUCGGUUCCACUGAUGGUAAAAAUUCUAUAGAAAAUCCCGUUUUGAGCGAGGAGUACUUGCAGGCCAGAAAUGCGGAGAUUCUGGUAGGACCAAUCGAGCUUGCAGCCUGUAUGGAUCUCAGUGAGCAGGCCGGAUCUGUGACGCUUACCAGCCCAAAGUUGCUCAAAUCUAAGGGCCGUAAUUAUCUCCUCCACAUCAAAACUAUGACUGAUUUGUCUAAAGAUGGACAAGCCAAAACAAGAGUUCCAGUGCGUAAGAAGGGCAUAACCAGUAUCCUGCUAACAUCAUUCGCAAAUAUUUCGCAACAAAAUCACAACACUGCUACGACCAACAACCACGCAACGGCCGGGACCGGUGGAACGACGGGCAAGGACGGCGUCAGCUUCUUUCCCGACUCCGCCACCGGUCUCAACAAUAACAAGACGCGCAAAAAUGACUUUUAUAUAGGUUGCGAUUGGUUGAACGAAAUUUCUAUCACCGUCCGCUCUACCCGUCUGGUGUACAAACUGGAGAACGAACGGGCCCAACGGUUGGCCAUGAUGGAUUCCAACCUACUGCUGAGAAACUUGCUAAAACUGCUCUACAGUGCUGAGGAAACCGCCCAGAUGCACCAAAACGUGAUGUUCGAUAUACUGAUCUGGAUCGUAUCGAUCCGAAUGGUGCGCUAUCGCUACCCGAAGAACCCCUUUGCCAAGAAGACACCGCCGGUGGCGGAAAUCAAGGAUGUGGCCUCCAGCGACAUCAACGUGCAACAGUCCGAGUGCAUCCAAAUUGUGGAAAGCAACUUGGAGGAAAUCAUUCGCCAUUGCGUGGUGAGGGGCAACAGGAGUAUUGCACAUAAGUGCGUCAAGUUUGUGAGCGUUGCGUUGGAAGGAGCGCAGAACAUGAUCGAUAAAGAUGUGUGCAAUUCGUUUGAGAAGUCACUGAAGCAAGCGAUUAUUACGUGUCUGCCGGAGAUUAUCAAUUCCAACCAUGCAGGUGCCCUGCGAUGGUUUACGUUACUAAUUUCAGGCACAUCCACGUGCGAUUCCCAUGGACCAAUUUCCGAGAAAUGUAUUUCAUUGUUGAAGGACGUGGCAAGCGAGAUGCGAAAGCGAAGCAAUCCCUACACUGCACUGUUGCGGACGCGCUUCGGACUGUAUGGGUCACCGUUCGAGUCGGAAAUAUUUGAUUCACAACCGUUGACGUCCAAGAACACGAACGUGACGUACACCUGUUCGAUAACGAAAACCACUGGAACAAAUGCGAAUAAUCAAUCGAUUGAUCUGCGAUCGGUGUGCAUUGCAGAUGGCUCCGAGUUGAAAUUCCUCCCUUUGCAGCUUAGACGCAGAGGUAUUGGCAAUCAUUUCAAGGGACUGCUCGAAGUGGAAUCCCUGCAUUAUGUUUGUAGUUCGACUUCGGAUGCAACCCGGCUGGAAAACGUCGAUUCCAAUAAUAUUCAAGCUACCAACAUCAUCGAUGAUUUCCUAAUGGAAAACAUGGCACAGAACAACGUCGAGCCGGUACAAAAUCACAUCAAGCUGGACGAGAAGGAAAAUCUGGACGACGAUAUGAUGAACAAUGUCAAGAACAUUUUGGUGGACAAGAUUUUCUAUUCUGCAUUGAAGAAGCAUAAGAUGAAGGAUGAUUUCAACGAAGCCAAAAAAUCCGCUGAAGAAAUCGAUGCUCAGAAUGAAAACUUCACCGAAAUCGAGAGCUGGGGUCCAUCAAAUGAGCCAAGGAUGGUAUUUGUCGGUGGCAACGGCAAUGACCCAUCUAUUAUAGAGGAAAAACCGCAAGCAUCGAUCGCUCUGAAUAACAAAAUUCAAGAAUUCUUUGAAGACAACAACGCCGAUGAAAAUGCAAAUGGGUUACCGUGGCACAAGUUGCUCAGUACACCGCCAAAACAGAUGAUUGUGGUGGAACGAAUGCACUCAGGAGCGAUGCGCUACAUAACGCUAGACUUCGGUGCACCCAUCAUGUUGACUGAUUUUAUCAUUCCAGCCUGUUCGGAUUUGGCUUCGUUAUUCAUUGAUAUCUGGUGCUUCGAAGAGGAAGCCGAUAGUGUGCGAUUGGUCGUUUCUCAAGACAUUGGAUCCCGUACGUUGGUAUUGAGCGAUCUGCAGCCACCGCCAAUAUGUCGUUAUCUAAAAAUCACCAUCACCGGACGGUAUGGAAUGUCCGCCACCCGAUGUCGCAUUCCCAUGGGAUCAUUCUAUGGGCAUAUUGUUAUUCUCGAUCAAGAGGGAUAUGCCGAUCCCGUUAUGAAAUAUCUUAAGAACAAGAAAAACAAUCUGCCAGCUCAAGUAAAAAUUCUCAAAGCACUGUAUGAAGACGUUCACUGCCGGUACUGUUUGUCUAGCAGUAAGCUCAUGGAUUUGCUACAACCACUGAUCAAUAGCGAAUCUUCUAAUAUAGCCCACAUGCAAGCAUUCCUUAAUCGAAUCAAAGAAAGCAGUGGAGAUCAAACUGGGCCUGGGAACUCCAACGCAUCUUCUUUCCAAGAUAACACCAAAGUAUAUGCAGUCUACGAGGAGUGCAUGGCUUUCCAGCAUCAACUGAAUAUCAUCAAACGUGUGAUCGAUCGUAUUAAAGUGCCCACGACGACAUCCGAUCUCCCGAAGUACCUCAAACCCGGUGCAGAUCUGGCACCCGUUUAUACCGAUAAGCUGCGAGUUUUAAGUGAGUGCCUAAUAGAAACUCUCCUGCACCUUAUCACGACAUAUGGUGUACAAAAUGUAGCCAACAUCUAUCCGUACUUUGAUUUGGAAACGUGCAAUUUGCUGUUCGAUACUUUAGUCAUCAAUGGGGACACGCACAUUCAGCUGGCGACCUGCUCGAUGUUGGUUCGGAUGUGCUGUUUCCAACCAUGGUGGGGUGAAUUUCUUGCCGACAAGUUCCUUAAACUAUACUCGUCCCAAAACAGCCGUAUAUUCCCGCAGGAUCGAGUAUUUUUCCUUUUGACAUACCUUGGACGCAAAAGCAUAUCUAUGGGAAGUUAUCGAUCCAUCGUGAUCGACGCUAUUCUGAAGAGCCUGGCGACCCUGCUUGCUCCUCUAUCGCAAAAUAGUGCCAGUGGUCUCAACAUCUGGUGUAACACGGAUCUCAAUUUACUCGGAUGGAUUUUGCUGUUUCUGUCCGUCUGCUUGGAUGAUGGUAUCACGGAUGGAAAGAAAGAUCAGAGCAAUCUACGGUGGGAUUUCAUGUCCGGCGAAACUGACAUGGUUAAGGCGCGACUGAAUCUGGGUAGUGGCGGGCUGAGGACAUUAACCAGGACAUUCAAAAAGCGGUUUCUACAGAGCAAACACUAUAGCUCCGGACUAACCGGAGGCAACGGUAGUACCGUGAACGAAAAAAUGUACAUGAUGAACUCGGACCCACUGCAAACCCCGGCCAGCAAGUUGGAGAUGGCUCUGAAACAACAUGAGAAUCAGCUGAAAAAGCUGCAAAAUAGCGUCAAGCAAUCGUUUGGAGAUUAUUUCAACGAAAUCACUAAAGCGAAGUCAGUUAGAAUUUCCAGUGGAGAUGGGGCAUCCCGAAGCUCACAUUCCGGAAGUAGCGCUAGCGGCACGAAAGACAACAGCUCCGACAGUUCGGAAAACGAAACGGCUUUCGAUAAGGGGUUGAAGUCACUGAAGAUAGGAAACAUAAUAGUCGUGAUACGUGGAUUAAUCGGAUUGAUCCUGAGUAUGGACUUCACCUGCAACAUGGAUCUUUUUCUAAUCACAUGCAAAAUUAUUGCACGAUUGGUUUCGGCCUGCCGGCCCGUGGUUCAGCUCUCCAAGAUCAUCACAACCAAUCAACUGCUGCAACUAGUGCGGAUAGCGGUUUGGGAGAACCAGCAGCAACCAUGGUCCGUACACGCAAUCACGUGCCUACUGCAAGAUGUUCUGGAGGCGGACAAGAACUACAAAGAUGACGAGAACGAUUCCGGCAAUUCCUCCGGAGAUGAAGCGACUUCCUCAUCGGAAGCUGGCACAUCGGCUCGACCCCCAGUUCCCGACACUGCGUUCAAACCCGUAACGCAUAGCGUUCAGGUUUCGAAGGACAUCAGCUACGCGGAUGCCGUCAAAAAUCAACUUCCUUCGCUGAUGGAGUGUGACGAUGCCGACAUGGAAGAUAUCCUGAUUCUUGAUGACAUUUUGGAGCGAGAAAAACGAGUCUUCAAGAAGGACACCAGUGCAAGCGUUGGAGGCGGAAGAAAUGGGUUGACGGUUUUGUACAAGACUGUGUCUUCGGCCAUGGAUGCACGACUGGAAACCGGGUUGGAUACCAAUGUGGAGAUAACCCUCAGACGGCUAGCCAUGAAGGCUACUUUCAAUCUAAUCGCUAGCCUUCCUCAAGUAACUGCCGCAGAUCCGCUCGAUCCAAGUCAGGUCGAGUUGCCGGCAUGGCCGGAAUCGAUCGUCGAAGCCUGGUCCGGUGAAGAAUACCAACAGGGUUUGGAAACCAACACGAUGCUAACGGAGGUGUUUGACAACAUACUGUGCGACCUCCACUUGGUGGACUCGUGGCUGAACCUGGAAAAGAUUCUGCAACUGUGGUUGACACUCAAUGGGGAAACGUUGGAACAGGUCCCUGGUAGCAAUGCCCCCGGCUUGAAUGCAUACUCGUUUCCAAAAAUACCGUUUGGAGAUCGUGCGGUUCAUGGACUGUUGAAGGCGCUGGCUACCCAUCCCAACAUCAAGCUACGAGCAUGGUGUCUUGGGUUCCAAUGUUUAAUCCUUGCCUGCAAGCCACAUUUCGAGGCAGACUACAUAGAUUCCAAUUCAACAACCAGCGACAAUCAUUUCCGUAGGAUGGGCAACAUCAUUGUGGGCGAUGAAAAUUUCGAAAAGAUGCUACUUCGAUUUUUCGCCGGAGUGGAUCAAUCGAUCUCUUCGCUGGAUAGUAAUCGAUACGCUGGUCCAACAGUGUGCAAGUUGGUACUAGAACUGUUUAUCUGGUUGGAGCUAAAGUGCUAUGUGAAGGAGAAACUGAAGGAAAUUUUACUGAGAGUUAUUUUGCAUCUGGUACAGUUCGGUGGUGCGAUUUCAAGUCAGCAAGGUCCAAUCGAUGCUCAAAGUCAGUUGAUCAAAGAGCUAUUAUCGUUUUCGUAUGAGAAAAGUGAUCUUGGGGUGGCCAUGAGCAUUAUUGAAUGCGUGUCCAACUUAGUGUACAAUAACAUCGUCAACGUAGAAAAAUUAUACUGCUAUCGAGCUUCCGAAAACAGCCACUCCAAUAACAUGUACGCCACACGAUUCGGCAGUUUGUUUGCUACUGUUCUCGGUCCAGAAAACGCCCGUCAGUCCAAAACCGUUACGGAUAGCACACUGCUGAUUGAUCUGCUGAAGCUUGCUUCUAUCCUUGUCAACACAAAAAACCCACGCACUGGUGAUGGUGACAAUGCCACAACAUACGAAAACGCCACAUUCAAUGAACUGAACACAUCCAAUGAGAGCCAAACGGAUGAAAUCAAAGCGGAACAACAAAACAUUGAACCCAGACCAAAGACUCCGUGCUUCGCUGACACAGUACUACAACAUUCGCCAACGAUGACUCGUUUGUUGAGCACCUUGUCGCACUGCCCCACCUCCUCGUUUGCAAUGCUGGUCGCCUCAUCCAUGUACUGCGCUUCUAUUAAUGAUUCAAAAAGCAACAGUCUAACCGAACCACAAACCGUUGCGGAUGCCGUAUUUCAACUUUUGCUUUACAUUUGUCGGGCAGCCACACAAAACGUUCUGGUGGUUAAACCUCUGUUUGAUUAUAUCAACAAUGCGUCAAGCAUGCGCCACGCCAUGCCCAAACUACACCUGUCCGAGCCGUUCCUAUGGUUUGUUCUGAAAGUGCUGGACAACUCUUCGUCGAUUGCGAUAUUCACAGAGAUGGGUGGAAUCAAGGUGCUCUGUGAGAGUUUGGUGCGAAGCAAUCGCGCCCUCAUCAACACUCAACCGAGUCUAGUAUCGAUGAUCAUGCAACGCCUGUCCAAGUCCUCCAAUCUGCAAACAACGUUUUCCAGUUCGUCAAAAAAAAGUUCAAUGGCUGCCACGCGGAGCGAAGAUGGUCUCAUCAAUUUUGCUCCGUACUGUACCAUUUCCUCCGAAAAUCAAACCGCCCAACCUGCUGACGUACUAAUCCAGGCACCAAUAGCCUCGCAUAGGCGAGCUCGGAAUCCGGCCUGGAGUUAUUUGUUCUAUCCGAACGAAUCGCACGUGGAUUUGACUAUCACGCUACCAACGGCCGUACUACUGAAAGAAGUUCAACUUCAGCCUCAUCUCUCCACGCUUGCUUCCUGCCCUUCGGCGGUGGCGAUUGAAAUCACGCGCGACAGUAAUCUUGGCCCGAUACCGAUCACUCAACCGAUUUCCACCGUUGGGAUGACCUGCAUCCGGUUGAAGUUCGCCCAGCCGGAAAUCGCAACGAGCGUUAUCAUUCGCUUGUACAGACCACGUGACGCCACCAAUAUUGGACUAACGCAAAUAUCGGUUCUAGGGACGACGACGUUCAGCGAUGUGAAUGGUAGCUCUCUGGCUGGACCAAGUUGGGCUGCUGGAACAUCGACGGCCCCAGUGGUGAAAUCCGCAACGGAUGGCACUGGCGAAUUGUCCAAUGAGGACGAUAAAGCUGCCAAAACCAGCCUUGGUUGGCUGCGGAUACUUGCUCAGUGCUCCAGCUUGGUAAUGUACAACUCUGAUCGGCAGCUCGCCAACCGGGUGAUCAUGGCUGCGACGGAGGUUCCAGGAUUUCUAGAAGCUUGCUGCUCGUUAUUGAACAUUGCUCCGCUGUGUCCGAAUAUUGCUCUGAACAACCUAGAAUCAGUCUUGUUGAAAAUUGGACUUUUCAGCAGAGAAUGUGGUUUGAAUUUGAUAAAUAUUCUCCUUAAGGAAAGUAUACCGCAAACGUUCCAGUUGUGCAAUGACUCUAUUUCGGAUCUUCUCUACCAUUUGUGCACCACUCACAACGAGUACACGGGUGAUCGAGUGGAGGCGAUGUUGUCGUGGGUUCAGCGAUUGUACGAACGCUACCAUCAGAACCAUGUGAAUAGAUUUGUUCUGCAUGCAACAAACCCUUACAGUGGCUUUAUCCGGUGUUUGUCAUCGAUCCUAUGGCAAUCGUAUGCAACUGAUCUUAUCCCGGAUCUCCCGAACAUGAUCACAAAGGAACUGUUUGAAACACUCUACGAUUGGAACCAGCAAUUGGAGCACGAUGAACCAUUGAAGAAGGCAAUCGAUGCCAUGUUGUGUUCCGUUUGCUGCAUUAGGCCGGAGCUGUUUACUAUGCUGCUGAAACGCAUGGGCGUAUUGGUGCCUAACUUAUCCACCGAUUUGACUGCGUCCAUCUCCGACGAUCGCAAAGAUGGGGAGUGCAUCACGGACGAUAUCAAACAGGAGGAAUCCGAUGCGGCUGAAUGGUACAGUCAUCUGGUGAUCGAGGAUCUGACCCGUUUGCAUUUGUCAAAAGCUCAUUUGUCUACCAUUUCUAUGGCUUGUCAGUCGCCGCUCGCCGUGCAGCAGUUAAUCGAUUCCGGUCUGCCGAAUCUGUUGACUUCAGUAAUUUUAGAAUUUUGCCACCGAGCGCUUAACAGUAUCAAUCAGCGUCAAAAGGAUACGGGGACGGCCGGUGGCAAUGUCGAACGCGAUAAUCGUGAAGUUUUCGAAGAAGAGCAAGCUGCAGCUGCUUCUUCUGUUGUUGAUAACGCAGAUGAUUCGAGUUCAUGCAUGACAGAUGCAGAUAAAGAACAUCAGAGUAAAUUCUCGGGAACCUGUUCCAAGGAUGUUGUAUACCCCAUGGUCAACAUUAAAAAGGUAACGGAAAUACUGGGAUUCUUUUCCGAAGUUUGUUCCGAAGGUCAUAUGCGCGACUGGUUAGGUUGUUUCGAGGGUUCUAUUUUUUGGGAACCUCUACUUUUGCUACUAUGCAACAACAAACUGGCACACAUUUCUCAAGAGGUCACACCCCAAGCAUGCCUCGAUCUAGAAGAAUGCCUUAUCAAGUUCCUGUCCAAAGUUACGUCCUGUCAUCCGAAAAACCAAGAAGUUUUAACCCUAAACUUGAUCUCUGUGAUUCGAAAAUCGGAUUCUUCGAAUGUCGUCGUAAGUAGUAGUGCCUCAACUGCUAAUGGUAGCAGCUCGAACCAGACUGGAGUUAACAAUCGACCAAAUAACGGUACCAAGUCGUGCAUAUCCGGAUUUACGAGACGAUUAGUACUGCAGAUUCUGUUAGAAAGCGAGAAAGUCAUGGUGGCCAUUCAAAGCGAACUUCCCCUACAAAACAAAGAUCCCAAUCCGUACAAUCUAAGCAAUCAUCCAUCGAAACGACCGAAUACUCACUUCCGGUUGUUCUAUUUGAGUACCAACUCGAAAUGCCAGGAGAUUUUAGACCAAUGCGUCACGGCGUACAACCGGAUCAUUCCCAAUCUUCCAUCGGACAGUCGGGUGGGCGAAGUUUUGAUAGGACCAUCCAAUGCCGGGUCCACCGCCAGCGGUAGCGACAAUCGGAAGGAAUUGUGGGAGAUGGGACUUGGUAUGGAGUUUCUUAGUGUGGCUGCCGGCGUAACGGCCAAAGACAAACGCCUGAAGGAAGCCAAAAACCAAGCAACCACCAUGAAGCAGAAGGAUAUCCUUUCGAUGUUCAAAAUGAAAAUCGAUGAUCCUAAGCUGACUGCACCGGAUGGAGUGAUUCUUCGCCAUACGGCCAUUCCCAAUGGAUUGAUCACAAGUGAUACCACCAUCUCACAAGUUCUUGCCAUGUUGAAAACAUCAGGGAUUCCAUUGUCAACGCCAUGUAUAAACCUCAAUCUGAGCCUUGCCAAAAACAAACAACCAGACGUAGAAUUCAGCUGCGAAGGCAGCAGUUCUGCAACUGCUUCACCGCUCCUCAAGGCGGCUGACUUCAUUCCGCUGUCUUCGCCUCUGCAAAUAUUCUCUAGUCGUGGUGGACUCUCGCUAUUGGCACAUUAUCUGCCCAUGGUUUAUCCGGAAUCACCCAAAUCACCGCAACAGCUGGGCGACAAAGACAAGAGCCCGCCAGGUGGCGAUUGGGUAAAAGUCGAACAGAACGAAGAAAUCUACGAAGAUUUGGAUGACAUUCUGGCGGAUUCUUCGCCCAAAACGCAAGCCAUAUCCGCCGUACCGCAGCAUUCGUUGGCAGCGUUUGCGUUGUUCCUGAAAUUGCCUGCCUACUCGGAAGUGCUUCUACGUGAUAAGGUGCGGGCACAGUGUCUGCUGCGGUUGAUACUGGGCGUUACCGGGGACGGCGAAGGGAACGAGAUCUACAGUUUGGCACUGUCGUCUUCACUGCCAACCCUACCAUUCGAAGUGUUCCGUCAGCUGUUGGAUAGUUCUCCACUGACUACGGAUGAUGGUGUGCUUCUUCGGCGAAUGGUUAUCGAAGUCGGAGCUAUCCACUUGGUUUUGAACUGUUUGAGUAUCUUCACCCACCAUAAUAAUGCAGGAGUGAGCAGCAAUUCGAACUCAUCGGAUAAUAUCCAAGCGGCUGGCAACAAAACUGCUUCCAAUGGGGCCACCGCAAACGGAACGGACGACCAACUAAACUCGGACGACAAAAGCCACAUGUAUUGGGCAAAGGGAACAGGAUUUGGUACAGGCUCAACGCAGCAGUCCUGGAACGUGGAACAAGCCCUACUUCGGCAGAAAAGCGAAGAAGAACAUGUCACCGUGUUGCUUCAGGUGUUGUCAAGCUACAUCAAUCCAGGAGACAAGAUUCCUUCAAACUUGGACAGCGAGGUUCUCAGUUAUCGCGAAUGCAGUGAGACAUUGCCCGAAUUACCGCCGAUCUUUCUUGAUCUAUUGCAGCAGUCUUGCAUGAUUCCUGCGCUUAGUUCUUACCUGAGAAACGAUUCUGUGUUGGAUAUCACGCGUCACAUUCCGUUGUACAGAGCGAUUCUGCAGUUGCUGAGAGCUAUUUCGCUUUCGAACCAGUUAGUUUCCCUACUGGUCAACAAGAACAAUGAGGGAAAAAUUUCGAUAGCGGCACUGUUGGCCAACAUGAAAGCCUGCGUGGACACAUAUGCCAGUCGAUUGAAGGUGAACAAAAAGUCCAAUCUCAAGGGUCAGACCCAGAAGAUAACAGUUAGCUUGGAUGACGGCGAUGACGAGGGAUUGGCGCUUCUGAUUCCGGACAUUCAGGAGACGUCGCUGCUAGUUCAGAACGCCACCAAUGUAGAAACGAUAACCGUGGAGGAAGAGCAUAAAGAAGUCAUUCCGCGACCGAUGGCAAAGUCGGUCGAGGAGAAGUAUAUGGAACUGAUGAAGGCAUUGCAAUUCGAUACUUUUGAAAUGAUUGCGGAAACGGAGAAUGGCUAUCGCUUCACCAUUUCGCACCAUUUUGAAACGAAUGUUCGCAUGGCAGGUGAUCGUGGCCACCCGGGACGAGUGAAACGGUUGGCACAAGAAACAGUCACCCUGUCCACUAGUUUGCCACUGUCCUACAGUAGUUCUGUGUUUGUACGCUGUGAUACCGAUAGAUUAGAUAUAAUGAAAGUAUUAAUCACCGGACCGGCCGAGACGCCGUACGCCAACGGUUGCUUCGAAUUCGAUGUUUACUUUCCGCCCGACUAUCCUAAUUCGCCAAUGAUGAUUAACCUGGAGACGACCGGUAGGAACACGGUCCGAUUCAAUCCGAAUCUGUACAAUGAUGGCAAGGUGUGCUUAUCCGUGCUGAAUACCUGGCAUGGUCGGCCCGAGGAGAAGUGGAAUGCACACACGUCGAGUUUCCUACAGGUACUAGUCUCAAUUCAAAGUCUCAUCCUGGUUCCGGAGCCAUACUUUAACGAGCCAGGGUUUGAACGCAGUCGUGGAACGCCAACUGGCACGCACAGCUCGCGGGAGUAUAACAGCAAUAUCUACCAGGCGUGCGUGCGCUAUGCAAUGCUUGAGCAGCUGAAAAAUCCAUGCCCGUGCUUCAAAGAGGUUAUUCACACUCAUUUUUGGUUAAAACGAAACGAAAUUUGUGCACAAAUCGAAGACUGGAUCGCCGAGCUAAGUAAACCGUUGCAGAACGAACGGACUGGGCGAACGAUAUCCUUCAAUGCGAUGGUACUCCGGCGACAGUAUCGUCAACUGCGCGAAGAAUUUGCCAAAUUGAAGCCACCGGAGGGACUUGACGAUGUGGAUUACCCGUUCGUCACGGGCAUCACCCCGACAACUCCAUCCACGCAGAUUGGUGCCGGUGGUUCGAACAAUGGUGGUGCCGGUGAUACUUCGGCCAGCACGCCACCCGAAAAGCCACUAGCAUUGGACGACAAGGACGAUGAGUGUGAGCUCCUUCUGCAAUCCAGCGAGGAUGCAAUCGUGAUGGAUGACGAAUACGUCGACGACGAAGUGAUCAUCAAGGCUGAUGUAGAUGAUGUUGCUGUGGGCAGUAGUAGCAGUAGCAACGAUAAAGGAACCAGCAUUCCGGAUGACGUUCAGGAAGAAAACCCGGAUCUAUCCCCGGAGGAGAUCGUCCUCUCGAUGGUGUGGUAAGUUGGGCUUCGCCUCGUGCUCCGUGUGAAACUGCAUGUAUGUUGUCGCUGUAUCGUCCGUGUUUUACAAAGUUCGGAUAAAACUUGGGGAGGACCAGAUUCUUACAUGUAAAAUCCGUGUGUACAUGUUUGUGGCGGUUGGCUUCUAAGAAAGCACAUUUUUUCGAUGAUUUUUCAGAUCAGAGGCAACCGCUUUGCAGCCCCGUCUCUCUUUCUAUAAUCGCAAAACACAACUCAGUUAGUGGCAAGCAUUGGAGGCUAGGUUUGUUUUGAUGAGCAGAAAAAAUAAUACGCUGGACAUUUGUUAUCAAACUCCGUAAGUAGAAAAUCAAAAUCCAUAAUAAUAGAAGAGAGCAGAGCAAAAAAGCAACCCGUAGAAGACAGAACUUAGCAUUAUUCAGAAGACCGGAUAACACUCGCGAUAUAUGUAAAAUCGAUAGAAUAUUUCCUAGCUAUCGAUAUGAAUGCGUCGAAUCAAAAGAAAUAAAAAUAGCCGUGCUCUAAGAUCGAGAAAAUAGUGAUUCCAUUUAAGUUUUUAUACUUUUUGAGUAUAUUUGAUUAUUAUCUAUUUAUUAAUGAGAA